GGACCGCAGGUUGGUAGUUACAUCCUGCUUCUCAGAGAUCUUGCAGCGAGAAACUGCGUAUAAGAUAUUUAAAAAUCCUGCUAUCCUUCAAGCUAUGAGAAUAGCCUGGGAUGCCUUCUUAGGAUACAAAAGAGUAAUAACCUGUGAAAAGGUAUGGGUAUAGCUUGUGACCCCCUAAAAGCUUCUCCUGGUAUGUGUAGCGACCACCCAUGUCCAUGCAAUGAACUUGGGCCAAGCUGUGGCACUGUUUAAGCUGCCGCAUGCUGUCUCUCUGCUAACACGGGGUGUUAUAUUCCAGUUUCAGCCCUCGCGGCCCUCUUGUUCAUUGAUCAAGUCGAACAUGAAGCGAUCAAAACAUCCGUUUGCCUGUGAGGAAGUUGGAUGUCGUUGGCCGUUCACGUGACCUUCCGAGUCGGGAGGACCUUGGAACCUUGAGUGAUCUUCGACCGCGUCAAAACAUCAAGCGUGAUUGCAUUCUAAUUGAUAUCGUUUACUAGCAGGAGAAUACAUAGAACACUCUGCAGUCCCUUUUGAAGGUCUUUAUACGACGAUGCCUAGUGAGUCCUGGCUGCGGCAUGCAACGAUCACCAUAUGAGCUUCCGUCGGUUCUGUGAAUGUUGGUGCAAGUGUUAUUGUUAGCUGAUUUCAUGCAUCUCCUGCGUCGCACCCCUGACCAUACGGCAUUUUUCUAAUCCCUCGCUUGGGCAUAACUAACUAGUUAAUACAAUCUGUCAUUGUUACUCCUUUUCUCCAUCAAUAAAGCGUUGGUAUGCUACACAAGCUCGAGCGAGUCCUGAAACCGUCUUGAUAUUGGUACAAUCUUAUCCAGCCAUCUGGCCUUUACCAUUUUACUUCAACCCAACCCGAAUAGAAGAAGCCCAUCGAAAAUUGCAUCUCUCAAGGCCGAUUGCGGACGUAACAACUUUAUCCCCAUGAUCUACUCCGACUUAAGACCUUUAGCAUAUCACCUUGCCUUGGUCCUUGUUGCACAUAUACAUAUUAUUCCCGGGCAGUCUUAGUUUCAACCGAGCUUUCGGGCAGCAGGGUCUUAGGAACCCAUCUCUCUAAACCUACCUUAAGGCCGUCUUAAAGGCAUAUCAGCAGUCAUGUUCAGCUGGGGAGGGAGUCUGGGUAAGCUUCUUGAUUCCUUACUAUCCAGUGGCUGCUGUUCUCAAACAAGGCUGUCGAGAAUAUUGCUUUUCCUCGUGGAAUUCCCGUGUUUUUUUUUUUUUCCUUUCAAGACCCUCUUUCUCCUACAUCUUCCCUCCCAUUCAGAUGAUUGAACAUGUAUAGCUGAGAUCAAUACUGAAUUGGGGAGUAUUUUAUAUCUAUACUCACUCUAUAACGAAUGGCUGACCAAGUGGGGAAGCAGCCGUGUCCAGCUUCAGUGUUAACCUAGAAGAGGAGCGUGAUCCGCCUCCACCGCCAACAAAAGUCCAGUUUCCGGACUAUGCCAAAUUAAAUUCAGUUAUGUCUGACGGUGAAACGAGUUGUGAUGCUCUCUAUCACUUGUUGGCUCGUGCCAGAAAACCGCAAGAUAUCACAGAUGAAUAUCUGACGGCGUUCAAUAUCAAGGUGGAAUAUGAUAUUGAUGUCUCAAACAUCGUGCCAGAUCACGAUCUGAAAUCAAAACCUCCCUAUCAAUGGCCAACACUUGGCUCCGGGACUGGAGAGUCGGAAAUGAAUCCUCCCAUGUUUAUGAGCAAUGGGGCUCCAUUUCCUGACAAAAGUAAACACGAGCUCUUAAAGGCAGAGCUACUAUUCGACAAUGAUGAUGCAUUUCGAUCCCUUGCGCGGCUCGAACCACCUCCGGGGCGUAAAAAUCCACGGAUUGCCCAGGCGAGGAAAUUUUGGACUGCUUUGCAGCAAGCUGCUCAGUAUUGGGAUUCAAGCCAUGAUAAUUAUUAUGAGAUCAGCAUAGAUGAGAACACUGCGCCCAACGGCCAUGGGGAAGGUUCGGACCCAGGUAAAGGUACGGAUAAAGAUGCAGUGGAGAGCAGGAUGGAUAUCGAUGGCGGAAGAGGCCAUAGUCAACCAUCAGUCAUAAUACCCAAAGUAAAUGCUAAGAGCCCCAGUGGUAGCAGACGCUACAAAGGUCGGAGAACUGGUGCAGGAACAGAUAUGCCUGAUUCAGUCCGAGAAGAUGUUUUACGUGGACUGGUGGAAAUGGUAGCAUGGUCCCUCGGCUGCCAGGUUAAGCUACCAACAAUGCCGCCUCGUCUUGCUGUCAAAGAUCUCCUAUUUCCUGUACGGCAGAGUUUCACCGUCUCACGCAUCCCACAGGAUAGGCAGGAAGCACGCAAACAUAUUCUGGAAGGGCCAGUGCUAGUUGCCCAGUGCCGACCGGAAACAUGUUUUUACGACGAAGCUACUGAACAGAGACAUGUCGAGAAAUGUGAUAUCUUGCGGGAAACAGCAGGGAUCCUUCUACUAGCCCAGGAAAGAGCGCGAGAAAAUCAGACUGAAGCCAAACCCGGAGAUGGAAAAUGGUGGGCGUCUACGCCUCGCUGGGGAGGCCUCCCGAAUAACGGCCCAGUUGGUGAACCAAUUCCAACUGCUCCAGAGCAGCAGCAGGCUGAACCUGCGCCAACGAACUCGUCAGUGGACAAUGAGGCCACGGUAAACAAACGGACGAAACACGACAGGUCCUCUCUUUCAUUCCGGCGAGGAGCAGGGCUGAACAAUAGGAGAAUCUCAAUGAUGGAGAAGUGGAAAAGCAUCCAGCCCGGUCCAGGAUUGUGGGAUAAGAGAAUGAAGUAUAUAAAAAUUGGGACUAACCCGAACAGUCCGUUUGAUGAUGUCUUUAUGAUAUCGUCGAUUAACCACCAUUUCUCCAUCAUCCAUCUCAGAGUCUACGACGAGUACCUUCAAUGGCUCACUACGGGAAAGGUAGACACUGCCAGUUCAGACGGCCGCCCGGCGUCACCAUGGCGAUCCCUAGUCCUUCGUCGAACACGCUGGUUCGACUUUUUCAAUCCCGUGGAUCGUUCGGAAGGGUUUGAUGGGCUAUGGGCCGUCCUCACGCAUAUGAUGAGAUGAUAAAUGCAUCCCAGCUUAUUCGCUCUUGGGUGAUCUCUGACGCUCAAACUGGUAUGCCUAUCCUUUCCUAAAAUCAUAUUCCUUUGCUCACGUCUUCAUGUUAUCAAGAGAUAUUUUCUAUCCGUGCCUGCUUUGCCGAAAGAAUUGCCUACGACCAGGCGCUUCCCCAUGCUCCCCAGGUUCAUCCCUUGUUAUAUAUAAUGUGUUAGUCCUAUGCCUGUUGUGCUGGAGCCAGUGCUGAGCCGUUUUCUCCGGGAAUAUGACACCAGAUUGAUACAAACAAACCCAGCGUCACAUUCUAGAAGGAGAUAACUGCUCAUUAUUUUCCAUAUGAAGCAGCCGGGCCAGUCAGCUUUGUAAUAUUGACAUGGUAUACAACCAGGAAUAUGUUAGCUGCCCACCAACUUUCACACUCGCCCUGCCGGUGAUGCGUCCAGGUUAAAAAAGGUACAUGAUCAGUGUGUAAAUUAUAGCCUUAUUCUGCACCGUGAAUACAUCCAUAGAGCGUCUCGUAUUUAUAACAUACAUAAUAACAAUGAUAGUAGUUAAACGCAGCCAAUCACCCGGCGUCACAUCAGCCGAAACGGGACGUCAACUCGUUUCCUCAUGCAUUCUCUCCCCCCACGCAAGCAACAGAACCAACAUCUAACAUCCCAGACGGCUUACAGCUUUUAUGGUCACAUAUAGUUCCGUAUAGUUAUAUCGACUUACACGCUUCCCGCCCCCUGCCCAUUCCAUCAUCCAAGCUCCCGUCCAG